GUAGAACAGUAAAGGAAGAACGACAACAAAUUUUCUGUGAAGCGAUCUCCGGAGAAAAUGGGAUUGUUUGGGAGUUCUUCGCCAUUUGAUCAGGAUGUUGAGAAGGCCACCAGUGAAAUGAACACUACUGAAGACUGGGCUCUCAUUAUGGAGAUCUGUGACAGAGUGGGCCGGGAACAGAAUGGACCCAAAGAUUGUCUUAGAAGUAUAAUGAAGAGGAUUAAACACCAGAUUCCACAAGUCUCAAUGCAAGCUAUCACUCUCUUAGAUUCUUGUGUCAGCAACUGUGGACAUACGUUUCACCUGGAGGUGGCCUCUCGUGAUUUCAGCUCAGAGGUCAAGGCUGUCCUCAGUGGCAAGCAGGCACACCCUAAGGUGGCAGAGAAGCUGAAGGAAAUGAUUAAAAAGUGGGCAAAAGGAGAUUUUAAAAGUGACCCGUCAUUAAGUUUGAUCCCUCAGCUGUACCGCAGUCUGAAGGCAGAGGGCCACAGUUUUACCUCCUCAGAUACACCUAAGUCAUCCAGUAGUACUACCAGUGGCUCGUCCGACAUCACAGCGCAGGAAGAAGAUGACAUUAUGAAAGCUAUAGCGGCAUCUUUAGAAGAACAAGAAAAGAAGACAAAAUCUAGCAGCUUGUACCCAUCAACAGGUGGAGCCACCAGCAGUCUGUAUCCCUCAGCGAGGGCACCUUCUCCUAUACAGAACAAAAACAGAGAAUUACGAAAAGUACGAGCCCUGUAUGACUUUGAAGCAGCAGAAGACAAUGAACUGACCUUCAAAACUGGAGAAAUUCUCAGCAUUCUAGAUGACAGUGAUCCAAACUGGUGGAAGGGGGUCAGCUACAGGGGCGAGGGUCUCUUCCCUGCCAACUUUGUCACCGCGGACUUAACUGUAGAACCAGAGUCCACAAAAGAUAAGAAGGUAUCAUUUAAUGAAGAUGUAGAAGUGAAAACGAUAGAAGUUGCCCCUGAAACAGUAGUUAUUGAUGAGUCUAAGAUGGAUGAAUGUCUUGACCAGCUCCAGAAUGCUGAUCCUACAGGCCAGAAUAGACCAGACACACAGGAGAUGCUGCAACUAGAGGAAGAGUGCAGGCAGAUGGGGCCUCUGAUAGACCAGGAACUGGAGCAGAUAGACAGGAAUCACAAUAUGUUGAUGGAGUUGAACCAGAAAGUCUGUGAGGCUCUGCAGAUGUAUAACACACUGAUGAAUGAAGGGCCGCGCUACAGCUACAAAGGUGCACCGUCUGGACCAAGUGUGCAGGGUUAUCAAGGUCAAGGUCCCCCAGGAAUGCAGCCACCCCCUCAGAUGUUUGAUGGACACCCUGGUUAUAUCCCACCUGGUUCUCUGCCAUCUGUAGGUCAAGGUCACCCCCAAGGUCAAGUGCUCCCUCAAGGUGAAGGUCAGUUACCAAGGCACUCCUCUGAUCCUAGAUUGAACCAGUAUUUAGGCAAUCAACUUGAACCACAAUCUUUUUCCAGUUUACCAGCAAACUUUGGCCAGCAGGCUUCAUCCUACAGUGCAACUACCAUGAAUUCCCUUCCACAAAUCAGUGCAAUGACAGCGCCACCUGGUGGCUAUAUGGGUGGGCCACCAAACAGUGUCAAUAGUCCACUAUAUCAGCAGCCACAGCAACAACCACUCUUAUAGGAAACCUAGAUGUUAACAUACCAUGGACAUACAGUAACUUCUACCUAGAGGAUUACCCCUGGGUUUCUUGUGCUUUUGAUUUGAAUGUUUGCGACACACUGCGCCCUGCUUUAUGUCAAGAAUUCCUUCAGGACCACAGUUGAUGACAAGUCCAGUACUGAGGUGUCAACUCAUUGUAGAGAAUGGAUAUUACAAAUUCAUACUGCCUUCAUAGUGUUGAUAAGUGAAAUAGGACACAUAAUUACUGUCAUCAUAGUUGUCGGUGGUGCCUAAAAUACUGCAUCCUUUUAAUUUAUUUGCACAAUUUUGACAUAAGGUUAUAAACCAGCCUUCAGUCUGAAGUCUUUAUUGCCAGUUUUCUUCACCCGCUGUCCUUGGCUUCUAGAGCAGUAACAAGGCACAGGUGGUCAGGAGUGCUGUGAUGCUGGGUUGUAUGUCAGUUGUUGUGAAUUGUGUUCAUUUUGUACAUAGCUUGUAGUUGGGAGCUCUCUGCUCUGACCUUGACCUUGGCCAGGGUUGAGGGCAUACAGCAGUCCACACAGGUGACACACGAUGUAAUAUAUUAAAUAGGUGUAUAUUAAAUUAAUGUAUAUAAAAUUGAAAGAGAAAAUUAAAAGUGGAGACGAGUGAAGAAAUGUUAUUAGUUUUAGAAAAAUUUGCUUGCAUCAUGGGAUCUUGUUUGCAAACAAAUGGUUUAAAAACACUUGUAAUUUGAUGGUCUUCUGAAGGAGCUUCUAAAUUUCUGAUUAAUUAAGUCUUGAUUGUAUGAUGAAGUUCAACAUAAAUGUGGAAGCUGACAUCCCAAGGUGACCCAGUAGGUAGGCCGAUACUAUUAUCUGGUAGGGUCAUUUUACUGAAAGGAGUAUUCAGUUAUAACAAGUUUUACUAAUUUUUAAAGUAUCAUAAAACUUUUUGUAAUUUAUCUUGACACUAAUUAAGUAAAACAGGCGCCCCUUUACAUUCAUUUUCCUUUAAUCAGUGUUUUUCUUCAGUGACCUAAGAUUUCAUUAUCCCAUCUUAAAUCAGUCUGCUGUUCACAGUUAUAUACACAUUUUCUAGAAACAUCUUCCCCUUCCUCUUUACUGACCAAAAUUACUUGCAACUUCAAUAAAAACAAACCUGUCUAGAAUUGGUAUAUAUAUUGAUGUACAUUUAUUCUUCACAUAUUCUAAUAAAGUCUUUCAACAGAA